AUGCAGCUUCACGCCUUCCCUGCAAAUAGCGAUUAUAUCGGGGUGAUUAGUGAAGGUGGUGCGAUUGGAACCACCAGUGGUUACCCAACUUGUGCCACAAUAUCAUACGGUCAUCGUCCGGGUCCACUGAAAUGUGAAAAGGCGUGUAAACCUGAGCAGCACUUGCAAUGCUCUACGAGCAGUGCGGAGGACCGCGAGCAGUCUGCCAGCGGUGCUCCUGGCAGUUGCAGUUGCUAUAGGAAGCACAAGAAGCCCAGCCUAUCCUAUGAUAUCCUUACCUCACCCUCAUAUGAAUCACAGGGAGGAAGCAGUUGUUCUUUGACUGUGUCAAGUUGCUCGGUAUGGCUAGCACAGCUGUCGUUCAUCGGUUCUUCCGUUGUAGAUUGCUGA